GGGGCACGUGAUUAAUACACUCAGACAUCUAGUUGUGAUCACUCUGCCAGGCCCAGGCUCCUACCACACACAUCCCUCUCUGCCUUUCAGACAGGACGGUUCACCUUUGAAGCAGCAGUGCCGGCAGAAGAGCAGACACAGCAAUGGACAACUUUAACUUCUCACUUCCAGUUCUCACUGGAAAACAACAAGACACUUUUCAGAAAGCUUUUGCUGCUGAUGUUGAUUAUUUGGAAAUGUCUGAGAAAAUGAACCAGUCCUUCUGGAAAUUGUUAAUAAAAUGUUUAGCCACUGUUAACCCAGCCAUCCUGACUGCUGAAGAAACACACAAUCUCCUUAACAGAGACAUAAACUCAUCUGAUGAGCGUGCAGCCUCCUUGAAGACCAUAGGAAAAAAAGGAGUUAAUGCAAUGGUUGUGCUUUACCUGCUGCUAAAGGUGAAAGAUCUAUCUGCCUACAGAGAGCUGCCCAGCUCCAAGAAAAAUGAUGAAAAAUUGAAACUACUUCAGGAAUUGGAAAAAAGUGUCACAUUUUCACAAGAAGAAAGUGAGGUUGAAAGGUCGUCUCGGGAGCCUGCAGAGACACAACCACGAGCAACCAGCGCUGGCAAGAAAAACAUCUCUGUGGCAACAGUUAAACCAAUUUCUCACAAAGAAAGUCAGGAAGACCAAGACCAUGAAAAUCAAGAUGGAAGUGGUGCACCAGGAGAGGUUGUCCCCUAUAACGAAUCAGAGAUUGCAAGACGAGAAAAUGCAGCUGCUGCUGCAGGUGAAAAGGUUACUUACCUUCAGAGAUGUCAAAGACAGUGGAUAAGAAUACGGAAAAAUGAUGUAUUCUUUCAUUUUGUCAUUCUUUGCUUUGGCAUUGGAACCGCACUAAUUAGCUAUUACCACUACAAAGACUGGAUCAUUUCUCUUGGUUUUGGUUUAAUCACCUUUGCUUCCCUAGAAACCACCGGAAUAUAUUUUGGUCUUGUGCAUCGAAUUCACAGUGUCCUUGACAGAUUCAUGCCUCUGAUUCAGAGAUUCAAAAUACCAGGUAUUAGAAAAGUUGACUGAACAGAAGAUCUGAGAAUUCAACAAUUUUCUGGAUUGAUUGUACUAAAGUGAAUAAAGCUGUUUUAUGGUGCAGUGAUAAAAUCUAAUGGCUAUUAUAAAAUAUUGAAGCAUUAACCAUAAAAUUUGUUAUUCUCUCUACUGUGGAAUAAAAACUGCGGUACAGCAGGCCUGUCCUUUCCUUUGACAUGUUUUGUGGCUCAGUGCAGCCAGUAAAAUAGGCUGUGUUUGUUAUAAAUUCAUUCUAAGCUAUGCAGGUAAUACAUCAUGUUAUUUUCCCCACCCAUAUAAUCGUGUCGGUCCCACUUGAGAGGUCUGAUCCAAAGCCCAUUGAAGUCAAGAAAUGACUUGCAUAGACCUCAUUGAGCUCUGGAUCAGGCCCUUGAUGGUUUAAAAAAAGUCUUCGGAAACCCUUGUGGGGUUCUUUCCCUCCCCCAAGUUCUGGGUCAGGUUUACUUUUCAUGUUGCACCCACCUAAACCUCCCCGCUAGCACCAGUGCUGAUUGGAGCUAUUCCCUUUUGGCUAGAGCCCUGCAUAAGAGUGCUAUCUGAGCGUGUGGACUAGUCAAGGCUGUUUUUCAAAGCACUUUGUUAGCACCUUUCCUCAAAGAGGCAACCUUGGCACUCAGAAGCUCUGCUUUCUUCACACCUUGUGAAACCAUGAGCCAGGCAAACCUCAGCUGCUUGCUUGAACACCAAUAGUACAAUUACUUUGGAUUAGAUUAAUUUAUUGUAGCACACCUCGAUAAACUGUGCUUAGAACAUAAUGACCUGCAAUGAAAACCAGGUGAGAUGUUACACACAGUGUAUAGCAAAAUGCAAAAAUGUAUUAGUGACAGCAAAUUUAAUUUCUCUUCCUGUGACAGCAGUCUGAGGAAAAACAAACAAGUGGUUCAAAAAAGAAAAAACUAACUAAUGAACUGCAGAUUUGGAACACCUGUCAUUUUAUAGGGUUGGGGUUUUUUUUGCAAAUUUGUAGAACUAUAAACAGUGGAAAGUGCUGAAGACAGCAAAAAAAAGUGGUUAAAAAACUAAAUGUUAUACAUUACAGUACAUGAAGGCAUAAAAAUGCAUGGGGAGAGAUAAGUAAAAGAGAAAGAAACUGAAAAAAGACAUCUUAAGAUAUUAACCCAACACAGCCUAUUUUAAGGGCAAAGGAACUAUAUUUUCAGUCUUGCUCAGCAGACUAGAGAAAAUAAAUUGUAAGCAUUUAUUUUUAACGACUCUGACCUUUUUUGCUUAAUUUAGCUCAAUUUGUUUAUUCAGGAAUAACAGUAAUUGUGAGGUGGUCUGCAUGAAAACAGUGGAUCACUGAAAUAGAUGUUUACAUGAAGAAUUAAUGUAUUAAAUUAAGAGUGUUAAUAGUAGCAUUAUUGAAAUGCUCAUGGUCACAGCUAACUGAUUAUAUGCAUUGUUUCUAUGCCUUUGUUGAACAAUCCUUUGUCAUACAUAAUGUAACUUCACUUUGAAAACAAGUCAAGUUCAGACAAAGUUAGAACUGCUCAAGCAGACUGUGUUUGCAUAUUUUGUAAUAGAACAUUAUGAACGUUUUCAUCCUGCGCUCAUAACAAAGGCUAAGAAACAUCUUCCUUUUCUUCUGCUGUAGAAUAUGUCUUGUUCUAGAAGGGGGUGACUCAGCUUUCAUAAGCUGUCUUUGGCAGGGUUGAAGAGAAAGGGAAGAGUAUAUCCUCCCUCUUUGUUGAAUAUACUGAAAUUAAUGUUCUGCCAGAGUACUAACCUACUAUAUUGUGCUUAAUCAAACUCAGGGCAGAAAGGUGAGGUAAACUGGAAUUCAUAAGAGGAGAUACUGCCCACGGACAAGUUAUCACAGCUCUUGUAUGUGGGUCCUUGAAUACUGCAUAUGGAUAAUCUAGCUCAUCACUAACAUGUUUUCCAAUGAACCAGGAGUGAGAUCCUCACCUCCGCUCUAACCCCUUUAUGCUGGGUAAAAUGGAUGGGGUGAUGAAAAGGAGCCCUAAAAGCCCUAGUUCUGUCUGGGAGAGAAUUUCCUUCGCACAGGCAGACACUAGACACUCAAGAGAACAGGCAGCAGGCUGACUUACAAGGACACUCUUACAAACCCUGUCAUAGGGGACAUGCCAGGGGUAGGAGGGUGUGUUAGGGGCAGGGCCACAGCAUCACUGCAGAGAUUCUGGGAAGCGCUGUGGCCCAUAGUAUAUCCCCAGGAGGUUGCCAUAACUUAAGAGGUGUCUAAAUUAUGCUGCAGGCCUCUCCUGUUCCUUGAAAAGCUCAGAAUCAGGAGGUCGGAAAAGUAACUUAAAGCACCUUAGCGCACCAUCUCUCCGGGCUACAAAAUCUGUGCUGCACCUCGUCAAGGCUGAAGCAUAGAAUCUCAUCCUAAAGUUUUUUAAUGGGUGUGACCCAAAGACCUCUUGAUGCCAACUGACAGAGAGCACUGGAACAUAGAAGGGUUACAGGGAUCCCCUGGGUCUGGUAUCUACAUCUACAUUCUAGCCUGUCAAAGUAAGUCAUGUCAUGUAAGGUCUCUAGUGAAAACCUGUGUCACAUUGGUCAUCACAAUCACUGUAAGAUGUAUGUAUGGAAAAUGUGAGGAGUUAUGGGGGGGGAGGGGAAUCUUAGCCCAACUGGUUGAAAAUGUUAAGAAAAGGACUUGGGGUAAGCUAAAUUGUAGCAGCUAGGGGUAUAUCUUGAGAGUUAAGUUUAAGCUCUAGAAAGCAUGUUAUGAUUUUGUUUUAUAUUGGAAACAAAUGGUUACAUACUCAUACUUUCUACCACUGGAAUCUGUUCUUUGAUAAUAAACUUAUACUUGUUUUCACUA